UGCCCGCAGACCGGACAGCAGCAGCAGCGAUUACGCACCAAUCAGCAAGGGGAACAAAAAAAAAAAGGCCCAGCCUGAGUUGGAUUAACUGAGUUGGAUGAGCGGUCUUUCCACCGCCUGCGCUGCGAGGCCCCUCAGUGUGUCCCCCCUCAGUUCUCUGAACCGGCUGUCAUGCUCUCCCCGGGCCUCUCCGUGGCUCUCCUGGCCGUGUCCUGCGCGCUCCGGACGCCGGCCGCCCGGGCCGCGUCCUGCGAGCCGGUGCGGAUCCCCCUGUGCCGGUCCAUGCCCUGGAACAUGACCAAGAUGCCCAACCACCUCCACCACAGCACGCAGGACAACGCGGUGCUGGCCAUCGAGCAGUUCGAGGGGCUGCUGGGUACUGGCUGCAGUCCGGAUUUACUCUUCUUCCUCUGUGCCAUGUAUGCCCCCAUCUGCACUAUCGACUUCCAGCAUGAGCCCAUCAAGCCCUGCAAGGCCGUGUGCGAGCGGGCCAAGUACGGCUGUGAGCCGGUGAUGAAGCGCUACAAUCACAGCUGGCCGGACAGCCUGGACUGCAGCGAGCUGCCGCUGUACGACCGCGGCGUCUGCAUCUCGCCCGAGGCCAUCGUGAAGGCCGAAGGUCCAGGUCCAUACUACCAGGACCCAGCCAGGUGUAACCCAGAGUCUAAUCCUGACUUUCCAAUGGACUCCAACAACCUCCACUGCAGGGGACCAAAUGGAGAUCGCUGCAAAUGCAAGACUGUCCGAAUGGGUCAGAAAACCUACCUGAAGAACAACUACAACUAUGUGAUCCGGGCGCGGGUGAGGGAGGUGAGGAAUCGCGGUCUGGAGCCCACGGCGGUGGUGGACGUGAAGGAGGUGCUCAAGUCCUCUCUGGUCAACAUUCCCAAGGAGACGCAGACACUCUACUACUCAUCCUCUUGUCUGUGCCCUCCUCUGGCGCUCGGCGAGGAGUACCUCAUUAUGGGCUAUGAGAACGAGGAGACGUCCAGAUUGCUCCUGAUUGACGGCUCCAUUGCUCAGAAAUGGAAGGAUAAAAUGGGCAAGAAGGUCAAGAGAUGGGAUCAGAUUCUGCAGGGGAGAGGCCGGACAGCUUCCCGCCGGAACCGCCACUGAGAUCCAACUCUGUCCGUGUGUUUGUGUGUGUGCGUGGCAAGUGUGUGUGCCUGCGUGAGCGUGUUUGUGUUUGUGUAGAUAUUGCACUAUCACAGGCUGUUGUAGCUGAAUGUAGUUCAUCUCUUCAUCUAUCAGACGGUUUGGAUUCAGUUUUUGUUGUUUGUUUGUUUGUUUUUAUGCCAUUUAUUUCCUUUGCACAAACAUUAUUUAGCGUGUCAUUGUGAGUCUUUGUGUGCGUGUGUAUCCGCGUACACUUCAAACGCUUGCUGAAGACCAAUAAGGUGGUGAAGCUUUAAAGCUGUUGUCUUAAAUCUACGCACAGCCAAAUGGUAACUGACACUUUUUUCUCUUCUUUUUUUUCUUUUUUUUUUUACGGGAACCAAAUUAAUUUUGGAUGCCAUGUUGGCUGCACUGUUCCUCUGUGUGGGUCCGGUUUUUAAAUAACCCUGGAUGUUGGUCAUAAUGGUUUUAGAAACAUACCUACCAAACGGCCAUGAAAAGAAAAUUUAAAGAAAGAGAAACUGAAAGUCGACACAAAUACACGCAUACCGAGACAAAGACAUUAACAUUUACAGGUGAGCCAGAAAGAAUCAUAAGAUAUAUAAAGAGAUGUGUAAAAUGUCAAGAAGGAGCUGAAAAGUUAAACUUAUAAUCUGCUAGAUGAAGGUAAACGAACUUCCACAGCAGCAAUUCAAAUUUAAUAGAAAAACAUUUUAAAAAACUACAGACAAACAGAAUUACUGCGAAAAUAUAUCUGCAUCUGUAAGAGUAGAGAAAAACGGACAGAGCUACAUUUACAUUUACAAGUACGAAUAGCCUAAAAUUCACUGACGACAAAAAUAUCUAUAUACUCACAAACAGUUACCAAAAGGACACAAAAAUGAUCUAA